GUUCGUCUACCUAGCUAGCUACUGCAAAUUGACAGUGGUCUCAUGGCGUUGGGCGUGGUGGUUGGCGCCGCGGUUGUCGCAAUGUGGCUACUGGCCGGUGAGGCGCGAGGCCAGGCGCAGCUCCAGGUAGGGUUCUACGCGCACUCGUGCCCCCAGGCGGAGGUGAUCGUCAGGGACGAGGUCGGCAGGGCCGUCAGCGCCUACCCCGGCUUCGCCGCCGGCCUCGUCCGCCUCCACUUCCACGACUGCUUCGUCAAGGGCUGCGACGCGUCUGUGCUGCUGGACUCGACGGCCAACAGCACCGCGGAGAAGGACGCCCCGCCCAACAAGAGCCUGAGGGGGUUCGAGGUCAUCGACGCCGCCAAGAAGCGCCUCGAGGCCGCGUGCGCCGGGACCGUCUCCUGCGCCGACAUACUCGCCUUCGCCGCACGAGACAGCGUCGUCCUGGCCGGCGGUAGCCCGUAUGGCGUCCCGGCCGGGCGGAGGGACGGCAACGUGUCGGCGGCGUCCGACGCGCAGGCCAGCCUGCCCCCACCCACGGCGAAUGUGGCCCACCUCACGGAAGCCUUCGCCAAGAAUGGGCUUUCCCAGGAGGACAUGGUCACGCUUUCAGGCGCGCACACGAUCGGCGUGACGCACUGCAGCUCCUUCAGCGCGCGGCUGCACGGGUACAACGCCACCACGGGCACGGGCCAGGACCCGGCCAUGGACGGGGCCAAGGCGGCGGAGCUGGCGCGGCAGUGCUCACCGGGGAGCCCGAACGCGGUGCCCAUGGACGCCGGCAGCCCAGACACGUUCGACACGGGCUACUUCCGCGCCCUGCUGGCCAACCAGGGCGUCCUCGCCUCCGACCAGACGCUCACCUCCGACAACGCCACGGCGGCGCUCGUGGCUCAGAACGCCGGCAACGUCUACCUGUUCGUGACCAGGUUCGGCGACGCCAUGGUGAGGAUGGGUGGCAUCCGGGUGCUCACCGGCGGCGACGGCCAGAUACGCACCAACUGCAGGGUCGUGAACUGACUUGCGGCCGAAAUCUCUCUCUCUCUCUCUCUUUUUCGCUUACACUUUACGUCACUCUGAAUCUGUAGUAUCUUUUUGGCCGGCCUUGCAAAUGCAGUGGAGUUAUACAUGAAUUGAGUUUCGAACACGUACAUUGCGU